AUGUUUCAGGUCGGCAGUAUCUAUGUUAUCGCCGCCGUCGCUGUGAUCGGCGGCGCCCUAUUUGGCUUCGACAUCUCGUCCAUGUCAGCCAUCAUCUCGACCCAGCCGUACCUUUGCGCCUUCUACCAACGUGGCUUUGACGAGAAAGGGCACUGCCUUGGGCCUACCGAUGCAGUCCAGGGCGGCAUCACAGCGGCCAUGCCUGGCGGCUCUUCGCUCGGUUCGCUGGUCUCUGGUCUCACGUCUGAUCGCUUCGGUCGUAAAACAUCGAUCCAGAUUGGUUCUGUCAUUUGGGUCGUCGGCUGCAUCGUUACCUCCGCCUCGGUCAACAUCCCCAUGCUUGCCGCGGGGCGCAUCAUCUGCGGAUUUUCGGUCGGGAUCUGCUCCGCCCAGGUUCCCGUCUACAUUUCGGAGCUUGCUCCCCGGUUCAUGCGCGGCCGGCCUGUUGGUUUCCAGCAAUGGGCCGUUACCUGGGGUAUUCUGAUUAUUGCCGCGGCGUUCAGGCUUCCUUGGGGUAUCCAGGCGCUUCCGGCGGUCCUGCUCUUUGUGGGACUCGUUUUCUUACCCGAGUCAUCUCGCUGGUUGGCCAAAAAGGACCGCGAGGACGAGGUUAAAAAGGUUCUCGAUCUGGUCCAUGGAAAAGGCGACCCCAACUCUCCAUUGGUCCUUCGUGAGAUGGAGGAGAUUCGCAAGGCAGUUGAUUUCGAACGCGCCAACGCCGAUGUCAGCUACCUUGAGCUGCUUGCGCCCAACAUGAUCAAUCGUACCUCGAUCGGUGUCUUUACGCAGAUCUGGUCGCAGUUGACCGGCAUGAAUGUCAUGAUGUACUAUACUACCUACGUCUUCGACAUGGCGAGACUCGGGGGAGGCGGCACAAACGCAGUCCUGCUUCCCAGCGGCAUCAACUUCGUCAUCAACGUCCUGAUGACCGUCCCGGCUCUUCUAUGGAUGGACCGCUGGGGGCGUCGCCCGACUUUGCUCGUCGGCGCCUUUCUCAUGUGUCUCUGGCUCUGCGUCAACGCAGGCGUCUUCGCCGUAUACUCUCGGGAGCCGUACCCCGGCGAGUUUACCUCGACUGCCGAGUCCAUGGCUCUGUCGGGUGCGCCGGCAAAGGUUGUCAUCGCUUCGACAUACCUCUUUGUGGCAUCCUUCGCGCCCACUUGGGGUCCUGUCUCCUGGACAUACCCCCCUGAGGUCUACCCUCUGCGCCUUCGUGGCAAGGCCGUCGCUCUUUGCACCUCGGCUAACUGGGCGUUUAACUUUGCGCUUGCAUACUUUGUCCCUCCGGGAUUUGCUACGAUCAAGUGGAAGAUUUAUGUUCUGUUCGCGGUCUUUUGCGCCACCAUGUUCGUUCAUGUCUUCUUCAUGUUCCCAGAGACCGCCAACAAACCCCUGGAGGAAAUCGAGGAGAUUUUCGAUGACACCAAGGAAGGUGGUAAGGUUUCCCCAUCCCGUUUUUUCGUCAGUACCGAACCCUGGCUAACCAACUACAACCACAGCUAUCAAGUACAUUGGUACGCGGCCUGGAAAACCAGAAACAACCGCGCUCUGGCUUUACAGCAGGAGCGCGAUGGAAUUCAGCUUGACGAGAGGCCAGCCAGCCAGGCCCAUCAUGAGACAGCCGAGGUGUAG